AUGGACUUCCGGAAUACCGCCGGAGAAAGUAGCAGGCUUCACCACCUCUCGUACAUCAGCUCGACAUGUGGGGUAGACAAACCACAGUUUACGAGUGACUGCGUACGAGGCUCAAAACCCCUUCCAAGCAUCACUGGCGUCAUGUGGAGAAGAUUCCGCAGCUUCCAAGGCGUCGAAGCUGCUUCUACUGGAAAGACGAAGCGCGACAGGUCUACAGGCCAAUUGUUUGGAUCACAAACCCCCGAAAGCGACUUUGAGAUAUCGGUCGCUCCGUUACUAGAAGACGGACCAGUCUUACCAGCAGACACUGAAGAUCUGCAGCGUCCAGGUGUCCCCUGGGGCAUCUCACAGUUGAAGAAGAUAGGGCAGGGCGAGACCGCUCGGCAGUUGAGAUGA